CCACACGCCUCUCUUCUACUAUCUCUGCCUGUCCUCUCUCUAUUCACCGUGUAAGUUUGGUGUCGGGGGCUGCUGCAUGGAGCUUCACUCCGGAGGGCCGCCGCCGCCUCCUCGAGGGAAACGAAUAGCGCCAGCCUACCACGACGAACGCUCGGAGCCAUCUGCAGGAGCCGGGUAUCACGUGCCUCGAAGGCUUGGAGAGCGUGAACUAGACAGGAACCCAGGCAGAAUAGAGGAACCUGCAACGUACGCCACGCCCGCACCUCGUAACAUUUUGGCGGAGACGCCGGAGACAACUGUUGGGGAAAAUGUCCACGUGAAGGGCGAGCUAUCUUUUGACCGGCUUCUUCGGGUGGACGGAUCCUUCAAGGGGCAGUUGGUAUCGACAGGAGAUCUCGUGAUAGGAGCAACAGGGAUUGUUCGGGGCAACAUCGAGCACCUCAGAGAGGUCGUAUCGGAUGGCACGGUGGUCGGCAAUAUUCAGGCAGAAAGGGUACGCCUUCGCCGCUCCGCUAUUGUGAUCGGAAAUAUCACGUGUUAUAGCCUUAGUAUGGACCCUGAUGUGAGCAUUAGCGGAAAGCUGAACGUCCACAUCCAAGCACCGAGUCGCCUACAUCUGGAAGGAGAAGAAGAAGCACCGGAGGAUGAAAUGGCCGAUUCCUCAGGGAGUGCCGACAGAUUGGACGACAAGAGCGGGGAUAGCGGAAAGCAAAAAAGCAGCAAAAAAGACGGAAGCACGAAGAGGGAGAAGGAUACUGAAGGCACAGAGAGAGAUCGCCGCCCGAAGGAGGACAAGAAGGAGGACAAGAAGGAGGAUAAUAAUAAGGACGAGCCCCGCAGGAAGAAAGAUGGCGAGGGUAGCAAGAACAAGAGUAAAUAG